UAUCACCUGUGACUAUCACAUUUCGGUCAUGUAAAAUUUAACAGCAAUCUUGAAUUUUAACCAUAUCUCGAUUAGUCGUGGAUAUUGAAAUUCGUGUGUUUUGAUUUUUGGAUACAAUAUUGAAAUUUGCUUCAGGUUAUGUGUGGAAUGGUUUUUAAUGUUUGUUUUCUGGCGCCGAAUAGUAAAAAUUGUGGAAAGAUAGACUGUCAAUUCUAAUGGGUGAUACUGAGUUACAUGAAAAUACUGACCAAAGUGUAAGCCUAUAUGAAUUGUUCAGAAAUGACAUUGAAGAUCUGGGUGAAUCCAGCCCAAACUGGUGGCAUGAAGAACUUGAAACAAGAAAAUCACAUUUCUCAUCUGCAGACAAUGAAGAUUCUGAUUUUACUUCAAAUGUGCGUGACUGUAGGAGCCCUGUAUUUAAAACACCACAGUUUGCAUCAAAAAAGAAAAGAAACAAAAGUUCAUGUGGCAGACUAUUAUCAGCUGUGUCAGGUCAGAAAAGAAGCAGAGUUACUAGCCCAGGAAGUGAUGGAUCGUCAGAAUUGGAUUGGUAUUCACCAUUCAAAUCUUCAAAGUUGAGUCCUAUUCCACUUUUGCCAAUGGGAAGUGGGACAGUUCCUGAAAGUCUGGAACCGUUACUGGAAGAUGGGAGUGAUAUGUCAUGGAACAGUGCAUUUGCUACACCACUUUCCAACAUCCAUACUCGGUCCUGUCUUAAUUCAGAUGAAAGGAAAGUCUUAAUGCCAACCGACAGCUCCAAAAGUCCACGAGUUCUGUUCUCACCUGAUGAAAGCCUGGAUACUGGAAAUUUUUGUGAGUCAAAAGAUUUGAACACGACAACACAGAAAGAUGUUUCAGGUACUACAUUUUUAGUUGAAAAUUCAGUUGUGGAUAAAACAGAAUUAAACAUACAACAUUCUCUGCUGUCAAGCAAAGAAAACAUUUUGUGCUUUUCUACUCCUAGUUGUAAAGUUCUGUCUAAGAAAAAUGUUGACACUCCUUUAACAGAAAAUUGUGGAAAUGUGUGUAGAUUAGAAGAAACAGUACUGAAUACAGUAAACAAAAGUGUGGACAUAAAAGAGAAGUUUAAUGAAAGAAAAGAUAUUGAGGAACUUUCUCAAGGAAUAGAGUCGAAAUUAAUACAGAAAAUGCAUUUCUCUGGUAGCAAAAAGGAAAUGAAUCAGUGUAACAGCUUCAGGAGGCAUGUUAUAAUUAAGUCUCCAGAUUCUGGUGUGAAUGAUUUUACUGAAAAUAAUGUUGAAAUUGACUUUGGUAACUCAUCUCCUCUUGUGGGACGUGUCAAUGCAGGACUGACAGUGUCACGGAAAUUGUUUCAUGAUAACAAACAUAAAGGGGUUCAUGCAGGAGAGGGUUCUGUUACACAGCAUGGAAUAGCAGCAGUGCAAUUAGAAGAAGACAUGGGUGCUGUAGCAUGUGAUGAAGUCAGUCAUGUGAGAUUGUCUGGAUCUGUAGGUGCAGUAGAAUGUUUACAGUCUAAUCCAGCAGCUUCUAAUGAAAUUGAAGUAAUUGCUUCACAAGCUCUUCAUUCACCUGAAGAUUUUCCUCAAGACUUAUCAGUCAACACACUGGAAGAAAUAUGCCAAGUAACAGAACUGUUGGCUGCUAGCACCAACACUCCGAUUGAAUGUCCCCAAGAUGUUGUCAAUACAGAUAAGAAUAGAAAAGCCCCUGUGUGUGAUCAGUUAUCCUUGCCAGAGAAGUCAUAUUUGUGCAGGACAUCAACUCCAAUUGUCUGUCCAGAUAAACACAGCAGAUUUAAUUCUGGGUCAAGAAAAAGGAGAAUUAAGUUUGUACAUGUUCCUGGCAACAAAACACCAAACAAAAAUAGUAAGAAUAUAAGACUAGUGAAAGAACAUAUUCAGAAAAGUUUUGAGUUUGAAGAGAAGCCACAUGGGGGUGACACUGUCCUGGAGCAGGCUACUUCUGAGUUUAAUUCAUCAGAAAAUAACAGUGCUGUAGAUAUUGCAUUACGGGUGCAGGCCAUCAAGUUGACAGGAAACAAAUUUAAGAAAUUCAUAUAUGUACCUGACAGUAUGGAAAUGAAGGCAGCAUUCACACAAAAUAAAAGUAUGAAUAUCUUGGUGGAUGAUGUCAUAAAAUCUGCUGAAACCAUGGAAAAAGUGAUAGGAACAAAGGCAAAACAUAAUGAUGUGAGAAAAUUUAAUAUUUCAUGUGACAGGCAAGAAUUAAUGCCAUUUUGCAAGCUACAAGAACCCCUCAACUGUAUAACUAGUGGUGAGCCUGUUGAACAUCUGAAGAGAAUAAAUGCAUUAACAAGUAGAACAGAUGGUACUGUAAAGUAUGUUCGCAGCUUGAGAUCUUGUUACAACUCUUUAAGUAGAGAAAGGAACAAUGAUAGCAGCAGUAUUAACGAAACAUGUGUUCAGGUCAACAGUUUGAGUAAUCAGGACAGUAUCAAGGAAUUCAUUAAUGCCAGUGGUAAUACAAAGGAAGAAUGCAAUGAUGUUUCUUCUGUUUUGUAUGAUUUUGAAACAUGCAAACCAGAAGAACAAUCAGGGGCCAUAAUAAAUUUACAUGACACAAGAAACUUUCUGCUGAGCCAUGAAACAAAAGCACCAUUUAAUGCUUCAAACACCACAUGUAAUAUGCAAGAACAUUUUAAUGAGGAAUUGGAUGAAUUGCCUUCAAGUAGCAAGAAAGAAUUGGAAUAUGAAUUUUCCAGAUUGAGCCAAAGUACAAAAAUGUUGGGUUUCAGUACUGUUACAGGAAAGCAAAUCAUAUUAUCAGAUAAUGCUCUGCUUAAAGUCAAGAGAUCAACGAAUGAUAUAAUGACAGGAGAAGUGGUGAAAGUGAUCCCAGACGUUGCUUCCAAGGUUCCUAGUUAUAGUUCAAAAUGUGUAGAAUUGCAGGAUACCAAGUUCAAUGCUGUUUGUCUAGCAGGUGAUUAUAUUUCUUGUAAACAUAGUAAUAGCACAACAGAAGAGAAAUGUGAUGUAUCUGAUAAUGUUUCUAGACAAGGACAUGUAUUGAACAACAAAUUUUAUGAUAUUAUAAAUUCCUCUGUGAUGUGUGCUAGUAAUAAUAAUAAGUUGGAAAUAGUAAUGCAUGCAGAAACUAAAACCCUUCAGAAUUAUAAUUUUGAUAAAGCAGUAAAUCAAGAAAGUACUCAGAGUCUGUUGGAAAAAAAAAGAGACCAAGAACACACGACAGAUUUACAGAUAGUACUUGCUGCAGAACAUGUUGAGUUCAUGCAACAGUUGGCAGAUGAUGGAAGCAUCUUUAGUCAGUGGCCCAAUGAUGUCCAUGAUCAAGAAUCUGAGAACUGUGAAAAGAUCAAUAAUCCACCAACAGAAUCCAAAUUUCAUGUCAAUUCAUAUACAAGAGAAGGAUGUGUAUCUUCAAGUCAAAAGGAAACAUGUGCCACUACUCAUGUGGCCAAAGAUCCACUGAAUGAUGUUAGUGUAUCUAAUGAUGGAGAUAAACAUUCAUCUGGUGAAUUAACUUCAUUGUGUUCUUCUGGUCAUCAGGAUAUAAAAACAUCAAUACAAGACUUGCAGCAAGGCAGACUGUUGCAUCACAAGAAUAUUGUUUGCGAUAGCACAGUAAGAGAGGAAAAAGAAAAUGGCAAUUGUCACAAAGUAGUAGAAAAUGUGAAAUCUAGUGAUAAUGAAGUUAAACCACAUAGUGAGGAAGUUUACAUGGAAGAAAUAUUGAAUGCUACAGUUAUCAGGCAGCUUUUCAGUGACAGUUUAGACACUUUUAAAAUUGAGAAUAGAGCCCAGACAACAAUAAACAAACCCAAAGAUUAUGUGUUAAGAGCUGAUCACAGUCUGCCGACAGCAUUACGUAAAAGAAUGCAAAGUGGACACCCAGAAAUGGCAGUGUUUCAUGCAGCAAGUAGAGAGAGAGAUGUUUCAUUACAAAGACCCAAAGCUUGUUCCUCUGAAUGUGAUGCAUCAAAUGGGAUUAUGAUCAAAACAGUUCCUUCUAAAAGUCAGAAGAACCUGGAUGCAGUAAAUGGAAAUAUGUCAACUAAAAUGGAACCUGCAGAAUUGUCAAGAACAAUUGGAAGGAACCGUGUAAUGUCAGGUACAGCUUUAAAGAAUAUUCUGUUCCCUGAAGCUGAACUACAGAAAUCUGAGACCAUUCAAACAGUUGAUACUGGAAGUAAUAAAAUGGUAACAUUGAACACAGCCAAUAGUGAAGUUGGGUUACUAGAAGAUGUGGGAAAAAAUGAGGAAAUGUCAAAAACAAAUAUGUUAUUGUCAAGUAAUGAUAAUUCCUUUCAAACACCUGUGACAGAUACUAGACAUUUAUUUCAAGCUGAGAGUUCAUCGCCAUUGCAACAUCCAAACGUUAAUUGUCAAAGGGUAGGGGUAGGUAAAUCUGUCCUUGACACUACAGAAACUUUAUGUUUCUUGUUCAGAACUGAAAAUUAUUUGCAGCUGCCUCUGCCACAGCGUGUUUCCACAGCAAACUGCCAACCUGUUUCUGUCUGUGAGAAAAUUGUGGAUAUUUCAGACCAACUCUCUGUGGAUAAUCAAGGGGUUCCAGAUAAAAAUGUAGCCGUCAGUAGCAGACUUGGUCAAAACCAUGGAAAUUUAUUACAGAGUGUUGGAAAUAUGUUAUACUCUUCUAAUAGUCUGGAAGUGGACAGUUACACUACUAUCAGUGGUAUGAAGAUUGUUCCAUCGGCAAUAGCAAUGAGAAAUGUGGAGCACAAGUUUCCAAAGAUUGGUGCUAAUGUAAACAGUACACUGAAAAAUGUAUUUUCUCCUGUAUCAGAAGUUCCAGAGAUAUUAGAUUCUUCAUUAAUACAUACUGUUUCAGAAUUUAAACGAAAGGGAGAGCUGCAUUCACCUGUUUUACAAGGAUUCUCAACAGCUAGUGGAAAGAAAGUUUCUGUAUCAGCCACAGCUUUGAAUAGAGCCAGACUGUUGUUUACAGAGGAAGAAUCUUGCACAGAACUAGUCAAGGAUGGGUUAAAAGUUCCAGAAUUAAGAACAAAUGAAGAGCCACCAAUGUUGCAAGGAUUCUCAACAGCUAGUGGAAAGAAAGUUUCUGUAUCAGCCACAGCUUUGAAUAGAGCCAGACUGUUGUUUACAGAGGAAGAAUCUUGCACAGAACUAGUCAAGGAUGGGUUAAAAGUUCCAGAAUUAAGAACAAAUGAAGAGCCACCAAUGUUGCAAGGAUUCUCAACAGCUAGUGGAAAGAAAGUUUCUGUAUCAGCCACAGCUUUGAAUAGAGCCAGACUGUUGUUUACAGAGGAAGAAUCUUGCACAGAACUAGUCAAGGAUGGGUUAAAAGUUCCAGAAUUAAGAACAAAUGAAGAGCCACCAAUGUUGCAAGGAUUCUCAACAGCUAGUGGAAAGAAAGUUUCUGUAUCAGCCACAGCUUUGAAUAGAGCCAGACUGUUGUUUACAGAGGAAGAAUCUUGCACAGAACUAGUCAAGGAUGGGUUAAAAGUUCCAGAAUUAAGAACAAAUGAAGAGCCACCAAUGUUGCAAGGAUUCUCAACAGCUAGUGGAAAGAAAGUUUCUGUAUCAGCCACAGCUUUGAAUAGAGCCAGACUGUUGUUUACAGAGGAAGAAUCUUGCACAGAACUAGUCAAGGAUGGGUUAAAAGUUCCAGAAUUAAGAACAAAUGAAGAGCCACCAAUGUUGCAAGGAUUCUCAACAGCUAGUGGAAAGAAAGUUUCUGUAUCAGCCACAGCUUUGAAUAGAGCCAGACUGUUGUUUACAGAGGAAGAAUCUUGCACAGAACUAGUCAAGGAUGGGUUAAAAGUUCCAGAAUUAAGAACAAAUGAAGAGCCACCAAUGUUGCAAGGAUUCUCAACAGCUAGUGGAAAGAAAGUUUCUGUAUCAGCCACAGCUUUGAAUAGAGCCAGACUGUUGUUUACAGAGGAAGAAUCUUGCACAGAACUAGUCAAGGAUGGGUUAAAAGUUCCAGAAUUAAGAACAAAUGAAGAGCCACCAAUGUUGCAAGGAUUCUCAACAGCUAGUGGAAAGAAAGUUUCUGUAUCAGCCACAGCUUUGAAUAGAGCCAGACUGUUGUUUACAGAGGAAGAAUCUUGCACAGAACUAGUCAAGGAUGGGUUAAAAGUUCCAGAAUUAAGAACAAAUGAAGAGCCACCAAUGUUGCAAGGAUUCUCAACAGCUAGUGGAAAGAAAGUUUCUGUAUCAGCCACAGCUUUGAAUAGAGCCAGACUGUUGUUUACAGAGGAAGAAUCUUGCACAGAACUAGUCAAGGAUGGGUUAAAAGUUCCAGAAUUAAGAACAAAUGAAGAGCCACCAAUGUUGCAAGGAUUCUCAACAGCUAGUGGAAAGAAAGUUUCUGUAUCAGCCACAGCUUUGAAUAGAGCCAAACUAUUAUUUUUAGAGGAAGAAGCAGAAGGAGCUUGUACAAAGAAAAAUGUUCAUGAAGUGAAUUUUUCAGAUUUCAAUGUAAAACAAAAAAUAGUUUCAAAGACUUUUCAGGAGUUGUUACCUACAAGUGUAAAUCAUGAUUGUGUAUCAGCUGAAGCUCUAAACAGAAACACAGAGUUUAGUUUAGAAGAAGAACAAGCUGCAUGCAUAAGUAUCAGUAAUACAAACUAUUUAGAGUUUGAAAAACCUUCUCUGAUUACAGAGACAUCUGCACAAUUGGAGAAAAUGUCAGUUUCAAAGGAAAAGCCAAGAAAAGUAAAAGUGAAACUUUCUAGAAGAAUUGCAGUUCAAAAUAAAUCAAAUUCAUUGUUUGAAAUACCUCAGUCAGAACAAAUAAAUUCUUGUAGACCAUUCUUUUUUUACGUAAAUGAAAGAGAUCGACAAGAUGGUAAACAAAAUACUUGUAUUUCAGAUGAAACAUAUGUUAAAGCAGGGACCUUAAAUAGAUUUACAAACACACCCGAAUUUAAAAGAAAAUUGCAUCACAUUUCAUGUACUGAGGCUGACAGUCACAGCACAGGCAUUACUGCUGCUAAAGUUACAGGGGUUAAGGAGAGAUGUGAUACAGUGGUAGUUACACGCCCACCUAAUGGUGUUACUACAGAAUGUAGCAAAACAGAUAAAGUAUCAAUGAGUCUUACUCAGGAAGUGCAGGAAAGUGCAGCCGCUCUAUUGGCAGAUGAAGCAACGUUUGAUUCUCCAUCCUGGGUUGUGAGUUAUGUGUCUUGCCCUGACAUGUUAUAUGAUCAGGAUGCUGCCCCAACUGCUCUGGUCUGCUCUGAGGAUAAAGACAGCAGUACUGUGACAAUAGUGGAUCCUGGCAGUCCAGUGUUGGGUUCUCAUGAUCGCUGUAGGAAGAGGCGAAGGGUCAAGACGAUUUCUGAUGACCUGGGACACAGCUCUAACAUACCUGCCAGUUCAUCAUUCAAGGUUCCUUACAAGAAUUCUACAUCAUCAGCUGGUGAUAUUUCUACUCCAGUACGCCUCUGCCCAGUAAAACGGACUGCUAGGCAUUUAGAGUUUGGAACACCAUUUGCGAAGCACUUGAGAACUCCUGAACUGAGGAAGGAGACUGGCUGUCAGGAACCAUGCAGAAAAGAACUUCUUAUGGGGGAGAGGGAGGUGUGUCCAGAGGUGGCUGCAGGUCGAAAGACAGCAGGAGAAGAACAGGCAGCACUUGUAAGGAGCAGAAUAAGUUCUGGAAACAGUCGAAUGCGGCCGUGCAAGGGCAGUUACUAUGUUCGGAAAGAGGAGCGACACUUGCAGAUGAAAUGGCGAGAGGCUGUUUGGGGUACCCUGCCAGGCCAGUACACAUACAACCAACUUCUGGAAUUUGGAGUGAAAGAAAGUGUUAUAAAUAUUACAGCAGCGAAUGCAGCUGAAUUCAGAUUCUCUGCAUGGGACUACUACAGCCAGUCACUGUGUCUGAGGAAUGUAACAGGUAUACCUGUGGGUGAUGGUGCAUGUCUUGUACUUGAUUCCAAGGGAACUGCUGGUGUGGAGGAAGUUGUUCAAGCAUUCCUCAGUAGUCCUGGCAUAGAACCUAUAUUGGUGCCUGCAGGUUGGGUUCACAACCAUUAUCGCUGGUUGGUUUGGAAGCUUGCUUCUGUAGAACGCAGCUUUCCUCUGCAGUUUGCUUCCAGGUGCCUCACACCCAAUAUGUUGUUGUUUCAACUCAAGUACCGUUAUGAUCGAGAAGUGGACCACUAUCAACGACCAGCCCUAAGAAAAAUCCUGGAGCAUGAUGAUUCAGCUGCUAAAAGGCUUGUUUUGUGUGUUGCAAGGAUUAUAAAACUGGACUGCUCUGAAAAGGACUUGCACUAUGAACUGGAGCUCACUGAUGGUUGGUAUAGCAUCACUGCAGUUGUGGAUCAGGAACUGUGCCAGCGUAUUCAGCGAGGUACUGUUGCGGUUGGAACAAAACUAAUUUCUUAUGGGGCAGAGCUACUCAACUGUGAACAGGGAUGCUCACCCCUUGAGAUUGGAAGUGAUGUGAAGCUGAAACUUUGUAGCAAUUCAACUCGACGAGCUCGCUGGGAUACUAAGUUGGGCUUCCACACACAUCCAGGACCAUUGCCCGUCUCCCUAACUUCCAUAUUGCCUUCUGGUGGGAUUGUCAGCUGUGUCUCAGUAACUGUCGUCAGGGCAUAUCCUUUGUUGUAUGUAGAAAAGCUAGAUGAAGGCAGAUCAGUAAGUCGCUCAGUCUGGGCAGAGGAAAAAGCAGCAGCUCAGUGGCAACGAAGACAUCAGGAAUGUGUUGAACAAAUAUACAGCCAAUUGAAACUUGAACUUCAACAAAAGAACAGCAGUCAGAGGCAUUUGAAGUCUCAACAUCAUGUACCCAAUGCUAAAGAACUAGCACUCAUAUGUUCUGGUGAAAAAUUAUGUGACAUUUUAGAACUGGCUCCUGAUCCAGCAUCAGUAGAGGCAUUGUUAACUGAGGAGCAGAAAUAUGCAGUAGCUGACUACCAGAGGAGUAAACAUGAGAAUAUGCAGCAAGAACUUGAAGCCAGGGUAAGGGAGAGAUUGAAGGAUACAGCUGUAGUUUCACGCAACGUUACACCUUUGUUUAAAGUACGAUGUGUGGACCCUGGCACACCUAAGUCAACUCAAUCAGCCAUGCUUUCUGUGUGGCGUCCAUCAGAAGAUGUGAUGCAACUGCUGAAAGAAGGCAUAACAGUCACAUUGUUCAGUAUUUCUGCUGUUGGUGUCAGGAGUGGAGCUCUUCAACUUUCUGCUGGGAGAAAGACAGCUUACAAACCAUCUUCACGUCACAGUUGUGACUACCGUAAACGAAGAGUAACAAGUUUAAGUGAAGCUGCAUGUACAGAUUUCUGUCCACCAUUUGGAGAAAUAGAUGUUGUAGGAAUGGUUACUUACAUUGGUGCUGCUGUACAAGGGAAUUCUGGCUUCCAGACAGUGUAUUUGGCUGAUACGGAUUUUAAUGUCUUGGGGCUGUCUUUUUGGGGUGGUGUCAAGCAAUUUGGUUGGGAAGAGGUCCUUAAACCAAGAGCACUGGUUGCUGCCAGCAACCUACAGUGGCGUCAUGGUGCAUCUGUCCGUUGGGUUCUGUGUGCCUAUAUCUCAGAGCUCUCCAGUUUCUCAGUAAACCCACGUCAACCACACCUUCAACAGGCUCUUACCUCACUACGUCAAGAAAUUGGUCAGCAGGAUUUUGAUGUCUUUUUUUCUGCAUGUGAAGAUAAAGUAUCAGCACUGUUACGUGGAUGUACAUCUUCACUGUCCAGGGUGCAUUCUGGAAGAACUACUUUUGGUGACUCACCCCAAACAAGUGUUACUAAAGGAGUUCGUAGACCUUUGAUGAGGAACCCAAUAAAUUCAUCUAAAUCAGUUUCACCACAAGUGGCUUGCACCAGGAAAAGAAUGCCAUUGUUGUCCUCACCACCAUGUUCACCCCAAGACAAUGUUAUGCUUAUGCACAGUUCAAACAUGGGAAUCAACAAUUCACCAGUGGAGCAAAGACUACAUAAGCUUCAUCAGUAUGGUGAACCACCACCACUGCCUCCACUUGUAAUGAUACCAGUUCAGCCUGUCUUUUUAAAGGAGUUUCAUAUACCAUUAAGAAUAGAAGGACCGCUUAGCAGUGUUGAUAGUUCUGCUCUAAGCUUGGUCAAUGAUCCUGGUUGAUUCAUAGCAUUUAGGUGAAUAAAUUUGUAUAAUUAAUAGUACAAACAGUAAUCAGAUAUAUUUAGUUACAUAAUAUUAAAAAAAUUCUGUGAUAAAAUUCAUAUUAUAUUUGGUUAUUUUAGUCCCUUCUGUUCCCAAUUUUAAAGAUUUAAAAAUGUUUGUUUUCAGGUGACUUUUAUUUGGUUUAAAGUAGUAUUUCUGUUUCUGUUGUAAUGCAGGUGAACAAUAAAAUAUAAAUAUAAAUAAUAGUGAUUUGAUAACUGAUACUCAAAAAUCACAUUACUGCCAGUUACUCAGUAUUUGAAAUAGAGGUUAUUCCAUUAUUGGAAUAAUUAUAUUCAUGUGGCUAGUAGCUGCAGUAGGUAGUGUUGCCCGUGGAACAGGAUCCAGAAGUCCUUUCCGCAAUGUAGUAACUAAUAUUUGUCUUCUCCCACUUAGUUACACCUUUCUCGUAGAUGUUUCUCAUGUUGCCAGUUGGUCAGACUGCUCUUUGGCAUUAUCAAUAACUUAACUACAAAUGAUAUAACAGGUUUGAUAUACUGUGGCCUCUGCAGCUGUCUAUUUGGCAAACUAACAACAGUGAGCUGCAGUUGGAAGUAGUUUCAGGUUCUGAUAUUGUUACAUCAUUGAAGUAGGAAACAUUACUUUUGACAAUGUACAUGUGUAAUUGAUCUCUUCAGGCUGAUGGCUGAACUUGAAAUGACCAGUGUUCUCUUCUCUGCUUAUUUCUUUUUUACAUUUACGUUAUUUUUAUAUACUUGAAUUUUCCAGUAUCAGUGAUUAUGGUCACUACUUAAAAUAACUAUUUCCCACAUGUAUGUUCACUGGAUCAGCAGUCAUUAAAAAUCACUGAAUUACUUGUUUGUAUAAUGUAAUGUUUUUUCAUAUUCUACUUGGUUGUAUGCAGUAAUAUUUUGACAGUUUAUAAGCCAAUGAGUGUAAGUUAGGAACAUUGAUUCUUUAGGUUUGUGGAGUGUAACAUAUUAUUAAUAUUACUGAAACCAUUUUAUGUAAAUGAAAAUAUAGUUAUUAAGCAAUAUAUUUUACAUAAAAUGCUUUUUGUACUUACCUUUGAUGUUAAUUUCAUAUGGGUAAAUUAAUAAAACCACUUUGAUUCUUAUACAUAAGUUUAAUGACUUACACUCAUUGGCUUCUGAUCUGUCCAUCUGUAGUACCAAUAUGUGCCUUGAGAAGAAACAUUUUUCAAAUUUUGUAAUGCUGUCAGUGGCUUAACCAGGAUUUUUUUCUGAUGUUAUGUGACAUUCUGUCAUACUGACGUGUCUUUUCAUGUAAUGCAAAAGCAAAGCAUCUUCCUUCAGCUUUCAAUG